AUGGAGCGCAUGGCGAAGAUUAACUGCGGACUGGAGAUGGAGCUCGGGAUCACCGGAGGCGAGGAGGACGGGGUCAACAACGAGGACGCCAACCCGGAAGAUCUCUACUCCAAGCCCGAGGAGAUCUGGCAGGUCUACGAGGCUCUCUCCAAGGUGCCCAAUGGCUUCUUCACCAUCGCCGCCGCCUUUGGCAACGUGCACGGUGUGUACCAGCCGGGCAAUGUGCAGCUGGAGCCCACCAUCCUCGACAAGGCGCAGAAGUACAUUGCCGACAAGAUUGGAGCUGAGGAGAGGGCUCCAAGCCGGUGA